AUGUCUUCCAACGAAAAUAACGAAAUCAACAAUUCUCCUGAUGAGCUCACUCGUCUCGAUAACUUUGUGAAAGCUGCACCUGGUAACGAGUACACCAUCGAUCAAAAGGAGCAAACACUUUGCCGUCAAGCUGCUAAUGGCCAAAGGGAUUGUGUCAAGCUCAAUUUGGAAUAUACCCAAAUGUUUUCACAAAUGCAAAAACUCGGUUUCUUUUGUGCGUUACCUAUGGAUCCUACAGAAACAUACAUGGAAUGCCGAAGAGUUUAG